AUGAAUUCUUUCACUGUAAGCAAUAUAAGUUGCAUGCGAGUUGCUGAUCAAUUGCCUCCUCAGAUUGCAAUAAUUCGAGAAAAGUUGAGUGAAAUUCUGAAGAAUGCUAGGCUAGGGGGCUAUAUUGCUAAUACAAUGCAAGUUUCAUUUGAUUUGAUUGAGGAAGAGGAAGAGCAAGUGGUUGCUUGUCAUAGUGAGAAGUUAGCUAUUGCUUUUGGGUUGAUGAGUACUGAGCCUGGUACUCCGAUUUGGAUAGCGCAAAAUCUUAGGACAUGUGAUGAUUGUCAUUCAGCUUUGAAGGCCAUCUACAAAGUUUAUAAGAGAGAAUUGACAGUCCAAGAUCGUUCUCGUUUCCACACUUUUAAAGAUGGAAUCUGCUUGUGCAAUGAUUAUGGUAGCCGUGAAUUCUUUCACUGUAAGCAAUCUUCGUUGCAUGCGAAUGCUGUGGUCAACUUCAUAAUCUCUCCUAUUUCCUUUUGA